GCGUUCGCCGAACUGAUUCAAGUUCUGACGGUCAGACUCGUAGUCGAGGAGAACCGAUGUCAUAAUUCGCCGCGUAUGUCUGUGGUGCCAUCACCUACCGACCGAUAGGCGCAGAAGGAAAUCAUUAAGGAAAAGCCGAAACGCUGUAAGCCCUCACCAAGUCAGAUGAAGUUUGGACGAGCAGUGUGCGGGAUAUAAUGCAAAUCUGUGAGCGAUGAUCACGAGAGCACAUUCGUUCCAAUCGAGGCCGGAUGAGACGGUGCCGAUCGACGACAAAAAGUUGUCUCCGAAACCCCGACAUCUCAGAGCACCUUCUCAAAUCCUGCUACAGAGUCCCUGAACAGUCGAUCUUCCUUUCCUUCUCCACUCAUUCUCUCCGUCUCGAUCCUUCUGAAACAUUUCGCUGCAUCGAGGAGAACGGCCUGAUCGGAGAGAAAGGAAUUGAAGCCGGAUGAUUGGCCGAUAUUCGUUACCUCUUAUCGACUGCGCAGCAUUUGUAUGAAUGGAAGCAUGUUCGCGCCUCCGAGCGUAGCAAAUGCAAGAGCUGCUCAAGCUCUCCAGGCCAUAGGGUCAACACAUAUAGGUUUGAGGGAUCAGAACCAAGCCUCAUCGACAAAUUUGCCUGCAUCCGGCGGAGACGCAAUCUCCCUCAGGAAAAAAUCAGAUCCCGUAUUGAGCAAAAGUGCUCCCAGCUCCUCGCCGGACUUGAUUCAUGUCGAGAAGGAGAAAAAAUCCAGCAGACCGACAACUCCCACCAGUCUCGAUGUAGUCCCUCUGUUGCAAGUUCACGCGGCGAACGGAACGAGCAUCGAUGAAACCGUCGUUGAUGCGCAAGAAUCCUUGAAGGAAAGCUCCGCUCUAACAAGGCCGGCCGCAGGCAGUCAAGAAAGCGUCGGGCGGUCGUCUGUGGUUUCCCUCCAGAGUUCUAGAAAUGCGGCUCCAAAGCUCAAUUCACCUACGACCCCGGCCGCGCCCACGGAUUCGUCGAGGAAGAAGAGCAAGAAAAGUCGGAAGAGCGCUUGGUACAAUGUGCUCAUAUCACCGACGUAUAAAUCCAAAUGCGAAGACUUCCGACGGAUAUUCAAGGACGUACCUGAAGGCGAAAUGCUCAUCGUCGAUUACUCGUGCGCUCUGCAACGAGAAAUUCUGGCUCACGGAAGACUUUACGUGACUCAAAACUAUCUUUGUUUCUACGCGAACAUAUUCCGAUGGGAAACGACUGUUGUUUUAAAGUGCAAAGAUAUAACGAGCAUGACCAAGGAAAAGACAGCUCUUGUGAUACCGAAUGCCAUACAGUGCUCCACCGAGGCUGGGGACCGAUAUUUUUUCACUUCCUUCGCAGCCAGAGACAAAUCGUAUUUGAUGCUCUUCCGUCUCUGGCAGAAUUCACUAAUUGAACAACCGAUGUCGACCGCCGAGUGUUGGAGAUGGAUUCAUUGUAGCUAUGGAGACGAACUCGGUCUGAGUACGGACGAUGAAGACUAUAUCGCUCCCGACGACCUGGCCACCUGUAGAUCGAUUGAUAUAAAGAGCUUGACGGAGGCUCCGGUCGAAGAGGCUGAAAUCGCAAGACCGUCAUCGGCAUCGGAGAUCUUCCCCUUAAACAAUGCAGCUAAGGAUUCAGCCAUCUCAUCUUCACCUGAUCGAGAUCUGAAAUCAUCUUCCAGUGAAGAGCAGGACGCAGAGGGUGAUUCUUGUCCCAGUACUCAUGGGAUGAAGAAGUAUCUCGACAGAACGUUCGCUCUUGACAUCGAUCAUACAUUCACGUGCCUUUUCACAGCGUCGGAAUUCUACCAAGAACUUGCAAGCCGUAGGAAAAUUACGAAUAUCGUCUUCGGAAAUUGGAAGCCGUCGGACAGCGAAGAUGUCAAACAAGAACGAGCGUUGACUUACUCGGUGAAUGUCAACAUGGCCAUAGCCAAGAAUUGUGUGACCACCGAGAAGCAGAAUCUUCAUCGACAGUCGAAACCGGGCAAGAUGUAUUCGGUCGAUUGCGAGUUCUCGAACAGCGGUAUUCCGUACGCCGACACUUUCGUGGUUCUACAACACAUCUGUCUGGAGAAGCAAGGCGAAAACAGAUGUCGCCUGAGGCUGUUUUGUGACAUCGAAUUCCGGAAACCUGUGUGGGUCAUGAAAGGACUCAUCGAGCGGAACACUGUGCAAGGGACCGCAGACUUCGCUGCAGAAUUGCAGCGAGCUCUCGACAGGGAGGCCCGAAGAUUGGCUGAAGAAAGAGGACAGACGGUGCCCACCCUCCCAGAAACGGAGGAUGCCAUAGUGGACUCCUCCGGCGACAGCGGAUUGGUGAAACCGAUCGACGUAGCGCCUCCUAAGAGCGGCGUCGUGUAUCCUUAUCUUCUGAAUUUCCUUUGUUUGGCUGUUGGUCUCUUGUUGCUCCUGAAUGUUUACUUGAUCCAUAGAAGUUACAAGAACGAAUUCGAUGUGGGUGCUCUCGAACUUGAGAGGGACGUGCCAAAUACCGCUGCGGGUUGGAAGAACGCCUACAUCAAAAGCCAGGUGCGACAUCGACAUCAGCUAGAAGACCUACAACGCCUCGUGGAUCGUAGUUUGCGAGGCUUGGAAAACAUGAGAAUCGUUUUUACCAAAGUUCAAGAAAUUGUCUCCCAGAGAAUCACGUCGAUUCCGAAUGACUCCAAGAGCGAGCUUUAAUCCGCCGGAUGCUCGGACCUCUCCUUUCGUCGGUGCAAUAUCAAUUAGAGCGUCCGAAAGGUCGCCGGAACUCUGUUCAUCGUGCGAAUUUUCGCACUGGAUUCAAGAGUUCCUACUCAUCAUUCCUUGAGGUGGAGGAUCCCCGCUAGUGAUUUCCCGGGCGAGAUACCGGAUAAUAGGUAUAUUCAUCUGAUGUUCAUUGAAUGAGAGAUUGUCCAGAGCCGAGCUGAGUCUCUCUCUGGGCUUCUCAGAACGAGGACAAUCUUCGACUCCUGGUCGUCAUGGCAAACCUCGGCUAUACCAUGGCGAACGGAAGCAGAAAAAUAAAUCCCAGUGGAG